UCAAGAUUUCACCGGCCACCGUGCUCCGCUACCAGACGGGCAACUGCUUCGAGUACAGCACGUUGCUGUGCUCGCUGCUGACUGGCGCCGGAUAUCGCGCGUACGUGGUCUCUGGGUACGCCGUACGCUCCGUCUGUCAGAAGGACAUGGUGCGCGUGGUGUGCCCGGAGAUGACGCACGUGGAGGAGGAAGCAACCAGCGAGGAGGCGGCGCCCGAGAACAAGUACCAGCUCAAGCCACCGAAGGAGCUGGUCAGCAAGUACGAGGCGAUGAUGGAGGAGCGCGUGCGUGAGGCGGCGCGCAAGCUGGAGCAGGAGCGGCUCGAAGAGGAGAUCCGACAGAUGAACGAGCACGAGAAGGAACCGCCGGACCCACUGUUUGGCAUGCGCGUGCACGCGUGGGUGUUGGUGAUGCCCGGUGAUCGAGAUAUUACUGAGCCGUUCUUCAUCGAGCCAAGCACGGGCGUGGGUAAGGGGAUCCGCAGCCCGGACUACCUGGGCAUUGAGUCACUGUGGAACCACCGCAACUACUGGAUCAAUCUGCAGUACUGCAUUAAUGGGGUCCGUGACCUGGAGUACGACCUCUUCAAUCCCAUACACUGGGAAUUCCUGCUGCUGCGAGACGCCAUGCGUACCCCGCACCCCGACGAAGUCGAGACCGAUCUGGAGGAGGCCGUACUGGACGCAGACCGGCUGUUGGAGAUGCCGUUUUCGUGGGUGGAGCGCCUGCAGGUCUCCAAGGCCAGGUACGACGAGCGCUUCCCAUGUGGAAAGAAAGUGACGAACUUCUACCGAUCGAAGGUGGAGGAGUUCUCACCGUACUCAAUGAAGGACGGCGUGGUCAAACGACUUACCAUGUACGAGGACUUUGGCUGCGAAACUGUUGUUUCUGUCAAGGAGACAUAUCUGCAUCGUGCUGACCACCUGGUCAGCCGAGAGAUCACACAGGAAACGGGCUGGGUGGAGGAGCGCUUCUCGGCCGGCCGGGAGGACGCCCUGAAGGAGCACCAGUAUGCCGUGCUUGGCAACAACCCCGAAGACCGCCGCGUCAUGCAGUACUACCACAAGGCUCGCAAGGACUGCAUGGCGACGCGCACGGUGACCGAGGGUGGCGUCAUCCAGGAGGACUUCAUCGAGCGCGACGACAAGCUGUACCGACGCGAAACCCUGGUGGGCAGCAUCCAGAAAAAGUUCGGACCCGCCUGCGCCACGCGCAAGCCCAUCAUCAGCAUUACUGAGCGCAUGCACCGGAACCCGCGCGGCGACGGCGACGACGGCGUCAGUCUGCGCACCUUCGACAUCGCCGAUGCCAAGAUCAGCGUCGUGUUCCACGCGUGCCGCGGCAAGAUCACGGCCGAGCGGCGUGAGUUCUCGAAGCCGCACCCGGACGACAAGGCGCGACUGGUGCCCAUCCUGGAGGAGGCGGCCGCCUCCGGUUUCAGCACCGACCCCGAGGAGGUGCCGCCGCGUAUGCUCGACCUCUACUACAUGAUGAAGGCGCAGAUGGAGGACGAGGAGCGAUCGGUGGCGGCCGUGCGCGAGGCAGAGGACGAGAUCAUCGAGCUGCUGAACGCGCGCCUGCAAGAGGAGGCUGCGCUCGACAUGGAGUACAGCCUGUUCGACAGCGACUUACAGCCGCAGAUCCGCACCGAUCGCAAGGACCUGGAGGCGUUCCUGGCCGCCCAGUCGACGAGACUGGUCGAGAAGAACAAGGAUCCGCUGGGGCCGUUCCUGGCGCGGCUGAACGCCACCGAGGCGGAGCUGACCACCGCCAACCGCUUCCAGCUACGUGACGAGUGCAUGCAGAGCUUCCGGCAACGGCUCGUGGAUAAGGCCAACCGGCUGCAGAAACAGUUCGAGGAGGAGACGGAGGCGCUGCAGUCGCGCCAGCGCUGGUACCAGCAGAACUACGUGGGCUUGACGGAUGAAGAGGAGGAGCGCUACCUCACCUUCUGUCACGACACCAUGUUCCGGUUACACGUCCUGGAGUUGCUACUGGAGAGACACAAGCAGAUGGCGCCCGUGAAGCACCAGGCGCUGGAGAUGAAGCUCCGCAGCGAUCCCAGGAUCUCCGGUGACGUCAUCAAGGAGGAGGGGGAAGGCGGAUCUUGAGCAAUCUGACGUCACACACACGCGUGGGUUUCGUGACGUAUCUCAUGAAUUACCCAAGAAGUGCUGCAUCAGCGCACUCCAUCAGGGGACAGGGGCGAGGGUUCUGACCGCGUUCUGGUUAACAUGCCGUAUGGUGCAGGUGAACCGAUGGUGAGAGCCGUGUUACGGUCACCCUAAUCGAACCAGCACAGCCGACGAUUCGCCUGAUCUCGUGGUAGUGGAGCGCUGUCCAGAGCUUGUUCAGUGACGACAGAGCCGCCGGCCAGCAACCGGCGCCAACUCCACCAAAUACACUGUUGAGAGAGCAGUCUGACC